ACUAACAGUAAAAAGACUUGUGUCCCCUGAUAUUCUCUUCCACUCUGCCUCCAGACUCAUCAGAGCCUGUGCCCUGCUCCAGAAAGAGAGAAAGGGGUAGAGAGUGAAGUGAGCAAAGGAUACUGGCAAAAGGGAAGCACCAUGGCUAGUUCUUCAACAAACAUGAGGUUACGGCUGCCACUGUUGUGCAUCAUCUUGGAGGUCAUCCUCAUCAUCCUCUUUGGAGCACUGGUGGAGUAUGACCAUGACACUCAUCCCAAGCUGUGGAAUAAAAACAGAACUUCUACUCAAAACGAUUAUGAAAAUGAGUUCUACUAUCGUUAUCCCAGUUUCCAGGACGUUCAUGUGAUGAUCUUUGUGGGCUUCGGAUUCCUCAUGACGUUUCUGCAGAGAUAUGGAUUCAGUAGUGUCGGAUUUAACUUCCUCAUCGCAGCCUUUUCCCUACAGUGGGCCACACUUAUGCAGGGCUUUUUCCACGGCAUGCACCACGGCAAGAUCCACGUUGGUGUGGAAAGCAUGAUAAAUGCAGACUUCUGCACUGGCGCUGUGCUGAUCUCUUUUGGCGCCGUUUUGGGGAAGACCAGUCCUGUGCAGCUACUAGUUAUGGCCAUUUUUGAGGUGACAUUGUUUGCUGUCAAUGAGUACAUCCUGCUUUCUAUCCUUGGGGCCAAUGACGCUGGAGGAUCCAUGACCAUUCAUACAUUUGGUGCAUACUUCGGCUUAAUGGUGACCCGCGUCCUGUACAGACCAAACCUGAACAAAAGCCAACACAGAAACUCGUCUGUCUACCACUCUGACCUCUUUGCCAUGAUCGGUACCAUCUAUCUGUGGAUGUUCUGGCCCAGCUUCAACUCAGCCAUUACACACCACGGGGACCCCCAGCACAGAACCGCCAUGAACACUUACUACUCUCUGGCCGCCUGCACACUGUCUACAUUCGCUUUCUCAGCCCUCGUCAACCCAGAAGGCAAAUUGGACAUGGUGCACAUUCAGAAUGCCGCACUGGCUGGUGGUGUUGCUGUGGGAACAGCCGGAGAGAUGAUGCUGACUCCAUUUGGCUCUAUGAUCGUAGGAUUCCUUGCUGGAACAAUUUCAGUCCUGGGAUACAAAUACCUCACGCCGGUUUUGGAGUCGAAACUGAAGAUUCAGGACACUUGUGGCAUUCAUAACCUGCAUGGAAUGCCAGGGAUUCUGGGAGCUGUGGUGGGUGCUGUCACUGCUGCCCUGGCAUCCCCAGAAAUAUAUGGAAAUGGACUGCAAAUAGUUUUCGGUGAUGUUGAAACUGGACAAUGGAAACCUGAAACUAAGGGAGGGUUUCAGGCCAUCUCCCUGGCCGUCACACUGGGAAUCGCUCUGUUUGGUGGUCUAGUUACAGGGUUCAUUUUGAAGCUGCCAAUCUACGGUGCUCCUCCGGAUACUCACUGCUUUGAGGAUGGACUCUACUGGGAGCUGCCGGGGGAGGAGGAAGGUCACAGUGAGCUUCACGAAGUGGCCACACCAAACGAAGUGGAAAAACUCAGCAGCUAAAGUACCUGCUUUUACCUGUUUGCAUUUGUUAAGCUGCCACCUGUGAUGUUCUCUGUUGGUGCAAUUUAUUUUACUGACUUUUUUAUCAUAUGUUGUUAU